GGCUCACCCCGGAAGUGCAGCUCGGCGGCGGUAAACUGAAGUAUCAUAAGACAUUAUUAUAGUCUUAUUUUUAUGUUCUAGAUCAGUGGUGUGAGCUGCGGGUCUGGUACCGUGGUCUGCGGAGGUCAAGGGACACAUCGGACACUCACGCGGUCCACGGCCCGUGCUCUAUCUCUGUCCCCGGGGUCAGAGGUCAUGCUCCAAAAUGAACCCUGCCCGAAAACGCCCCAAACUUUCCCACAGUGCACCUCCUCUGCGAACGUCAGAGGGCGGGACCACAGAUGAGGAGGACGAGUUCCUAUUGGUCGAAGAAGACGCUACUGACUCAAGCCUCGUCAUCACCAUGGAUGGGAGUCGAGUGAAGGCAAAAAAGAAGAGGAGGAAACAAACUGAAGCUGAAGGAGGCGUGGUUUUGGAGAGUGAGCUUGAGAUUGACAGGCAGCUCGACCAAUCACUGGAGACCAAAUCUAAACAGCACAACCUUACAGCUGCCAACGUCAAGACCAUCCUCCAUGAGGUAAUCACAAACGAACAUGUGGUGGCUAUGAUGAAGGCAGCGAUCAAUGACACAGAAGCCCCGCCUCCUUUUGAACUGAAGAUGACACGAUCGAAGCUGAAGGAGGUGGUGGAGCGUGGUGUGGUGAUCCCAGCCUGGAAUCUGUCUCCGAUAAAGAAAUCAAACAACGCCAACAAGCCUCCUCAGUUCGUGGACAUGGCCCUGGCUGAUGAAGACUCCUCAGAUGAAGAGUACCGACCUGAUGAAGAUGAGGAGGAUGAGACAGCUGAAGACACGUUUCAGGAGAGUGACCUGGAGAGCACGGCAUCUUCACCACAAGGCGGUAGAGUCCGAGACGAGUCCAAUAGUCCCUGGCAGACAUCUCGAAGCCUCUCUCACCGUCUGAGGACCGAGCCUGUGCCCAUGGGCCCACCCCCUCCACCAAAAGUCAUGCCCAUACAGUGUUUGAGUGACAGCCCCAGGGCUCCGCUCCCUUGCCCUUUGAUUGACAGGAGGAGUGUGAGUGACAGCACGUUCCUCGAGAAACUCCAUGCUGUCGAAGAGGAGUUGAGUGUCUGUGGACAGUCCUACCAGCCUCUGCAGAAUUCUUCUUUGGACCUGAUGGCACGGAGGACCCGGUCCAAGAGGCCGCUCACGGAUGUUCCUCUGGGACAGCUUGAGGCGGAGCUCCGAGAACUCGCACCGGACUUCAACGAGACCAGAUCCUCCCAGGACCAGGAGGAGGACCGGGACUGGACCGACUGGCUCCGAGGACUCAUGACCUCCGACGUGGAAGAGGAGGCAGACGAUGAGGACGACCCAGAGUAUAAUUUUUUGGCGGACGCAGAUGAGCCAGACCUGGAGGAUUACAGAGACGACAGAGCUGUGAGGAUCACCAAGAAGGAGGUGAACGAGCUGAUGGAGGAGCUCUUUGAAACGCUGAAGGAAGACCUGGCCUCUCAGGACGUGGACGAAGAGGGACACGAGGAAGAGGAGGAGACGACUGAGACCCCCGCACCCCACACCCAGUCCUCAGAGGCCCCAGUCUUGGACCCAGAGCCUGUCUUGGAGCUGAGGACAGUCCGGCAGCAGUUGGACUUUCUCCGUAAACACCUGACACAGACAAAAGCACUGGAGGUUACGGAGCCAGUGACACUGUCCCUGAACACAGCGCACAAGAAGAGACUGCAACAGCAAAUACAACAGCACGUCCAGCUCCUGACCCAAAUCCAUCUGCUCUGUGCCCCAGUGCCCAGCCUCCAGACCCAGGCCCACACCACCAGGCACUUUCUGGUGGAACUGGACUUCCUGGGUCAGGGGGCAGAGCUGGUGAUGUCAUCACGUGGUUUUUAUGGACGUAGCAGCGCGUUCAGAGUGUGUAACCUCCAGGGGGCGCUACAGCUGCUGGAGGAAACCAGAGUCCAACCAAUCAACUACACCGUCCCCAACCCCCGAGCCGACAGCAGAGGCCACAUUAAAUCGUACCCGCUGGUGCCUGCCGAGCUUGCCUGGUUCUUCGCCACACGCUCAGUCUUCCUCUACCCUGAGCUACUGCCCUGUGCCAGCCUGGACCCUGCGUGCUACUGCCCCCGGAGGAGCAACGCCUUCACUGCGGCCGAGGACUGUCUCCUGGUGUUGGGUCUUAGGACUCUGGAGGGAACCUUGGACCCAGUGCGUUUGGUCUCAGAGUUUCUCGUGAGGAAGAAUCUAUGUCAGGUGCGUCGCCGCAUUCUGCAGUGUUGUCGCCCCGGCAACAGUGACAACAUCGUCAAGGCGUUCAGGUUCCAGAGAGUCGUGUGGCCGAUGCCCAAAGCCUGCUCCCCUCAGACCGAACUGCGUCCCCCGAUAGAGAGGGACGAGCGCUGUCUCCCUCUGUGGAUCGCUAGGAGUCUCCCGGUGCUGCACUCUGCCAUUCGGCGCCUAAACUCCAAGGCUCCACCCCCCUCAAGCACACCCCGCCCCCGCUGCAGUCAGCUGACCCUGCUGCGCUCUGAUUGGUCAGGACCAUUUCCAGCAGGGACCAGUUUCCCACUGCGACUUCCCAAAAACGAACUUGAAUUUCGACGAAUUGGCUUCGUCCUACUGCACCCGCCCCCUGAUAACCCUCCAAUUACAGAGUCGCUGGGGGAGGGGACCUGGUCAGUCACGGAAGAGAUGGAGAGGCGGCCAGUCACAGUGCGGGAGGAGGAGUUAAGGUGGUCAGUCACAGCACGGGAGGAGGUGGAGAGCCAACCAAUCACAGAGCGGGAGGAGGCAGGAGGGCGGCCAAUCAAAGAGCUGGAGAAAACGGGGAAAUGGCCAAUGAGGAUGAAGGACUCGGACCACGCCUCUCAGCAUGCAACAGGGCAGGAAGUAGACUCCCAGCAUGCCCCAGGGCAGAGGCCAGAAAGUGAUGUCACAGAUGAGCAACAGGAGGAAGGAGUGGUGCGAGCGCAGAACGUCUGUGUGACCAACGGGAAACGUGUUGUGGUUUGGACCAGGGAGGCGGACCGAGAGCUCCUAUUGGCCGUUCAGAAGGGAGGAGCCAAUGAGAAAACAUUUAGAGCUGUGUCGUUGCGGCUUGGCAACAAGACGCUGGUGGAGGUCAGACUGCGAUUCCGUGACCUCAUGACCCUCUUCCACUCAUCCAAUCACAGAGCAGUGUCCUGUUCCACCCAGGAACCAAUCAGACGACAGAAGGCCCCAGACUGAUCGGCCAAUCACUGCAUGGCGUUUAUUUAUGUGUAAUUUAUCUAAAAACAGGG